AGAGAGAGAGAGAGAGAGAAUGUGGAGGAGAAUGGAGAGUUGCAGAGAGGAGAUGGUGAUAACCAAACCAGAGACAACACUAGCAGCUUCAUCAUCAAUCUAUGAAAAACAGAAGCCAUGGGGGAGCUUCAAAGCUAUUGCUUGCAAUAUGAAGGGGAUUGACAGAAAGCUGGUCUGUCUCACAGGUGGGAAUUCAUAUUUGGGCUCUCACAUACUAACCCACCUCUUGGCUCGAGGCUACCUUGUUCGACUCGUUCUACAAAAUCCAGUACAACUGGAGGAGGAGAUGAUAGAAGAAGGGGUGGGAAUAGAGAGUGUGGUGGUGGCCAAGUUGGGAGAUGUGGACAGCCUCUGCCGAGCCUUCACUGGUUGUCAUGCCGUUUUCCAUACCUCCUCUUCUUUCGAUCCUCGCGGCGUCUCUGGUUAUUCGGAAACAAUGGUCUUUCUGGAAACAGAGGGAGCAAGUAAUGUUAUUGAAGCAUGUGGGAGAGCUGCUUGUGUUAAGAGAUGCAUCUUUACUUCAUCUCUGCUAGCUUCAAUAUGGCAAGGCAAUGGUGUUGAUGAAAGAGUCAUCAAUGAGAGUUGUUGGAGCAAUGAAGAGUUUUGCAGAGACAAUAAGCUUUGGCUUGCCUUGGGUAAGACAACAGCAGAGAAAAUUGCUUGGAGAAAAUCCAAAGAAAUGAAAGUGAAUCUUGUCACAGUUUGCCCUGCUCUUCUUAUGGCUCCAACCUUUCCAAAUGCUCAAACAGAAACUUCUCUACCCUAUCUUAAAGGGGGACAACUUAUGCUAGAUCGAGGUGUAUUGGCAACUGUGAAUGUAAAUACAGUGGCGAAGGCGCACAUUGAUGUUUAUGAAGCUAUGGAUUAUGGAGCUUGUGGGAGAUACUUGUGCUUUGAUAAGGUUUUGGAAAGAUUAGAAGAUGUAAUUGAUCUUGAGAAUGGGUUGAAGAUGAAUGGACUAUUGUCAAGAGGAAGAAAUGCUGUAUCAAACCAUGAAGAAAACGAAGAUAGACACUGCUCUCUUAGUAAUGCUAGACUUGCUAAAUUGGUAUCUAAUGCUUGUCAACCUUAGGUUUUGAC